CCGAUAUUCAGCAUUUUAGGUCCAAUCAACAAUUCCAGAGUUUUACAGAAUUAGACUUUCUUCACAUAUACAAUGUCGGCCUAUAACAAGCUUCUCGGUGCACUCAUCAUCCUCUCCGUGGUCUCCUACAUUUGCACUGUAAUAUUCAAUGUUAUUUCAGCUAUUGGAAAAGGGGGUAAGUCCAUUGUAAGCCUUUUAACAGUCAAUUUCUACUAUAGUGUACAUUAAUGAUAUGCUUUUAAAGUGUUUUGCCUUUUAAUGUGCUAUGUUUAUGCAUUGUGUAACUUUGUUAAUUUCCUGGAACAGUUUCUAGUCGGCUCUAAUUAGGGCAAGCAACUAGGUAAAACCAGGAAGUGAAAAAGCAAAACAAUUGUAGGACAUGUAUGAAACUACUACUGCAUUUGAUUACUACAGAGUUAAAUGCUUGUAUACAUUAAAACAUUUUAAUUCUCCAAAUGGUAAAUUAUGGUGAUAUGACAGCAGAGUAGCAAAACGUAAGCCUUACUGUCAAGCUGCAAGCUAUCUUCAAGUUAACCAUAUUGAAUUUUAUUUUGUUCAAUUACUAAUUUGAUGCAAAUAUAUAGGUCAAACUAACAAGGCUGGGAAAUAUUUCCAUUGUGACUAAAUUUUGCAAGGUUAUUCUCAACUAGCCAUAACUUACUGGUUGGUAGAUUAUAUUCUACUUUUUGUAACUUGCCAGUUAACGCAAAUUACAGUUCAGUGGACAUACUUUUACGUCUAUUGAAAGCCAGAUAGUAAAUAGCUGGCAACACUAAAAUGUAAGGAUUGUAUUCACUAAAUUGAGAAUUGUAGAGAAUUGGCAAAGGGAAUUGCAAAUUGGAAUAGGUGGGGGAUGGUGGGGAAUCUGAUUUUUCUUAUAAAUAGGCCAUUUGGGCCCAUAAUUAGAGAACCAAUUCAAAAUAUGUUAUGGUAGAACUAAUAUUCUUUGCAAAGAUAAGGAAUGUUUGUUAUCACUUGAAAUCAUAAAGCUGUUUCAUCAAAAUAACUGUAUAAAUAAUAAUUGUUUCAAUGCCAUUUGUUUAACUAUGCAGUACACAAUAAAAUUUUAUUUUACAAAAAAAGUGUAAUUCUGUCUUUAUAUUAGGAUUAUUCAAUACAAUAGCCAGUAAUGUUUCUGAUAAGUACCCUCUGGAUGUAACUCCUGCGGGCUGGACGUUUUCUAUUUGGUCUGUAAUUUACAUUUGGAAUGGACUUUGGAUUGUGUAUGUCCUCUCCACGCUCUUCAGAAGGUAAAUAAAUAAAUACAUAACUACAUACAUAUACUAUUUUAUCUAAGCCAUCCACCAGGAAUUAUAAUUUUAGACCCAAACAGGUGAGCUAGACAUACAGCUGAUUUAGAGAAUUUUCCUGUUUCGCUACUUUGUCCUAAGAUUGAAGUUGCCUGAAUGAAUUGAGUUAAUGACAACUUUAGCAAACAACCAUUGUAACUGUUAUAUAAUAUAAUUAUUUAUUUAUUAUUAUAUCAAUUUGUCACUACUCACAAAUUGGUCUGGAUAUAUCAUGUGAUCAUUUUAGACAUGUGACCCAAAGACUGAUUAGUCGAUAACCUUCAGAGCCAUGUCAUCAGGAAUAAUAUCUAAAAUGUUUAUAUGUUAUGAGCAGUUGCAUCAAAUGACAGAUGUAUUAAAGGGUUACUCCAAACAAAAAACAGGAAGCAUUAGACUUUUGGUAUAGUAACCCCUUUCUGUCAUACCUACCACCCACUCUUCAAAUGAAAAAUAAAAAGGAAAACCCUACCUGUGAUCCUACGCUAAGGACAAGUUCUCUCUGCGACCUGAGUCUCCACUGGUAGGGUCAUUCCCUCUGACUGCAGGAGGGACACCCCAGAGGAUGGGCUGAAGGGAGCACUUAAACGGCAUGUGGGGGCCAUGUCGGCAGCAUGCUAUGUGUGCUGACAGAUGCCCAAUAUGCAGUGAAUUUACAUUAGUUGGAGCUGUCGUUAUGUUCUGGCAUAACACUGUCAGAGGUGUAAUUACACCUCCAUCGGCAACCUCGGAUCUCUCUGUAUGUGCAACGUUUCAAAAUUAUGGCCGCAUUCGCAUUACUACUUCCUCUGUAGGAAUGCAUUCUAUAAUGCUUUCCUAUGGGGUUUCGAGCGACGCUGGAUGUCCUCGUGCAUCGCAUGAGGAUGUCCGGCAUUAGUUAGGCAAACAAAAGUCGCCUAGUGACUCGGUAGUCCCUCUAGUGACUGUCUUGUAGACAACCAUUAGAGGUGAAGUUAGCCCUUAAAUUAAUUAUUACCGUUUAUUAAAAACUGCAAUAAUUACCUUUACAGGGUUAAGGGACCUGGGACACUGUGCCCAGGCCACUUCAAUAAGUUGAGGUGGUCUGGGUGCCUAUAGUGUCCCUUUAAUAUUUUACAUAGUUACAGUGAUUACGAUUCUAUGUAGUUAGCACCUUUUAUUUGGUUCAUAGGGAAGAGCAAUUUCAAAAAGAAAAUGUGGCAGCUAAGUGUACUUUGCUGCUGUGCUCCCUUCUGAGUUACAGCUUAUGUAACAAUCAGUUAUCCUCUAUCGAUACAAUUAUAUUUAACUAGUUUCCAAUUACAGAAGAGGAUAUCUUUUGUAUUUAAUGCUUCGUCGUGAGGAUGGACAAUUACUAAUAAUAAAUCAAUGCAACACAGAAUUCGGUGCAAUGCAGAAACCACUUAUUUUAUUUAGAAAUGCACAUCAAGCAAAACCAUAUAUAAAUUUUCACCAUUUUACUACAAUUUAAAAUGUCUGAUUUCAAAUAAGAAGGGUGUAUUUUGCUCUGAUAUAUUCCUUUUCUUACUUUAGUUGGUGCAAUAGAACAUCAAAUAUAUUUGAUGUUGUACUUUAUGUAGUCCAAUGCACUGUAGCGUUUUAUAUUCUGUUCAGAAAACUGCCAUAUAGCAGAACUUGAUAGCUGUAUUCAAUCAUAUAUAAAAUGUCACUGCUAAAAGUACUGUUAGAGCAAACACUGUGUAUGUUCUAGAGUGCAGUAAAUAUGUUUCUCAAGUUAAAUUAAUAAAAAAGUGGAAAUAUAAUAUUGCAAAGUUCAAGUGCCCAAGUUUUACAAUAUGAGCUCUCUGCAAGAGCUCAAUAGACAUUUAGAGUGAAACUGGUACUUUCUUGCGAUUAGAAAUGAUGAUCAGAAGAUACAAUAAGAUAUUGAAAUCAGCCAAGUGUAUUUAUUAUACUGUUAAGGUUGCAGCAAAUAACGGGUUCUAGUCUGCUAAAUUAUUAAGCUUUUUGUGGAGUUCUGUACAUUAAAUGGAAAUCAAUGCUUUUUCCUGAUCCCUUUUUACACAUUUCAUUUUUUUAAAUGCUCCUGGUGAUUAUAGAUUAGAUUGCAUGCGGUUUAUUAUACUCGAUUUACUUUUGCAACAUACCCACUAGUGAUGGGAAGCCAUGAUGCAAACAAAAAGCCAAGCAUGACUCGGUCAACGUAUGGCCCUGACUAUCACUUUUCAUACUGAGAAAGUAGGCUUUUAUUUCAAAGGAACCUCCCAUUACAUAGGAUGGGACGGCAGAUAAGAACCAUUUGGCCCAUUUAAAUAAAAAUGUAAAUACUAUUAUAUUUACUUACCUAGGGGUACAACUAGAAGCUAAAUAACACACGUCUGUAGAUAUAAUAUGCAUGUUUUCUUUGUUUGCUUUCCCAGAAGUAAAGAUGAAUAUAUUUAUGCAAAACUAGGAAUCCACCCUCCUGAAUUUUUUACUAUGUGGAUACUGAACAAUUCAAUUAACAUUGGAUGGCUAUUCAUUUGGGACAAAGAGUAAGUUGUUGUUUUUUCCUUAGAAAAUAAUGUUUUCAGGCUGAUUCUUAUUAGCAAAAUGAGAUGCAGACAGCACAUUAGGAUUAGUUUGUUGAAGAAUUAUCUAUUUUCUUAUGUCAGCUACAGAGGGAGGGAGCAAGGAAGAAAUAAAUAUGUCUUUAAAUAUAAUAUAUGUGUACCUUGCAUGCUCCAUCAUUCUGGUCUCGACCAAGAGCAGAGACUUCACAUCAAUAGAAAUUUGGUUUGUCCAAAGUGGUUCGUCUCAAAUAAUAGUUUUGGCCAAUUUGGGAUUUGUCCAUGUGGCGUUUCAGUUCAGAUGUAUUUCAUCCAUGCUAUGCAAAAAAAGUCUGCAAAAACCACACAAACGAAAAUGAUGCAAAAAUGGGCUUGUGAGUCUAAUGCAAAUAUAGGCUCAUUUUCAUGCUAUUUGGUUGACAGAUCAAGUAAAAAGAAGUAACCAACAGAAAGGAAAGGAGGAGACUCUCACUUGAUCUGUAAAUAUAAGCAGCAUUUAGGAUCCCUUAAAUAUUAAAUCAUAAUUUUUUUCCCCCAUUGUCCAUUUAAUUGGUUUCAUGAUUCGUCCACCUAACAUUUCAGAGUUGGGAUUGCAUACGAACCUGCAGUCGCCCAGAAUUCCUAUGAAUACUUUUGCUUUGACCAUAGAUUUGACAUCAACUCUUGUCAUUGGUACAGUGAGGGAAAAAAGUAUUUGAUCCCCUACUGAUUUUGAAUGUUUGCCCAAUGACAAAGAAAUGAUCAGUCUAUAAUUUAAUGGUAGGAGUAUUUUAACAGUAAGAGACAAAAUAACAAAAAAUAAAUCCAGAAAAACGCAUGUCAAAAAUGUUAUAAAUUUAUUUGCAUGUCAAUGAAUGAAAUAAGUAUUUGACAACUUCGACUUAGUACUUGGUGGCAAAACCCUUGUUGGCAAUCACAGAGGUCAGAUGUUUCUUGUAGUUGGCCACCAGGUUUGCACACAUCUCAGGAGGGAUUUUGUCCCACUCCUCUUUGCAGAAACUCUCCAAGUCACUAAGGUUUCGAGGCUGAUGUUUGGGAAGGAGGUUUUCACCCAAGAUUUGAAGGUACGUGGCCCUGUCCGUGUUUGAUGGUGGGGAUGGUAUUCUUGGGGUCAUAGGCAGCAUUCCUCCUCCUCCAAACACGGUGAGUUGAGUUGAUUCUAAAGCACUCAAUUUUGGUCUCAUCUGACCACAACACGUUCAUCCAGUUCUCCUCUGAAUAAUUCAGAUGUUCAUUGGCACACUUUAGAUGGACUUGUACAUGUGCUUUUUUGAGUAGGGGGACCUUGCGAGCGCUGCAGGAUUUCAGUCCUUCACGGCAUAGUGUGUUACCAAUUGUUUUCUUGCUGACUAUGGUUCCAGCUGCCUUGAGAUCAUUAACAAGAUCCUCCUGUGUAGUUCUGGGCUGACUUCUCACCAUUCUCAUGAUCAUUGAAACUCCACGAGGUGAGAUCUUGCAUGGGGCACCAGACCGAGGGAGACUGACAGUUAUUUUGUGUUUCUUCCAUUCGCAAAUAAUUGCACCAACUGUUGUCACCUUCUCACCAAGCUGUUUGGCUUGUCCUGUAGCCUAUUCCAGCCUUGUGUAGGUCUACAAUCUUGUCACUGACAUCCUUAAACAGUGGUCUUGGCCAUGGUGGAGAAUUUGAAAUCUGAUUGAUUGAUUGAUUGCUUCUGUGGACAGGUGUCUUUUAUACAGGUAACAAGCUGAGAUUAGGAGCACAUCCUUUAAGAGAGUGCUGAAUAAAAUACAUCUGGGAGCCAGAAAUCCUGCUUAUUGAUAGGGGAUCAAAUAUUUAUUUCACUCAUUGACAUGCAAAUCAAUUUACAACGUUUUGAUAUGCUUAUCUUAUUUAUUUAUUUUUUUUGUUAUUCUGUCUCUCACUUUUAAAAUACACCUGCCAUUAAGAUGACUGAUCAUUUCUUUGUCAGUGGGCAAACAUUCAAAAUCAGCAGGGGAUCAAAUACUUUUUUUCCCUCACUGUAGCUGUAUAAAGUUUGUCUAAAUACCUUGUUUUGAUUUGUUUUUGUAGGUAUCUUAUAUUUUCCAAUGUUUUCUUGGUCUUAAUUCCAAUCACGUGCUUUAUGAUGCUUCAAAUAUCAUGCAGUAGAUGCUACAGGCAUAGAAAAAUAUUGGCAGAAAAUUAUCGGGUAGACCUAUGGUGCACAAGAAUUUUGGUGAGUUUAAGCAAUGUCCAAUUUUUGGUUUGUUGGCAAUAUUUAUAUUUCCAUUAUAAAACUUGCAUUUUAUAAAAUAUGAGACUGCAAUGACAGGCAGGCCACCUCUACAAAAAAAAAUAUCAACUAGCGACCUAGUCGGUAAAGUGCAAUCAAUAGGUUUCUAGGCUCCACUUAUAUUCUUAAACUUUUCUGGACUGGAAUUAGGAAAAAAAAAAAAAUAAUAAUAAUUAUAUAUAUAUAUAUAUAUAUAUAUAUAUAUAUAUAUAUACACACACACACACACACACACACACACCAUUGGUACUGACAGACUUACGCAAUGACAUUAUGUCUGUGAAUGCAUGCACAUAGAUGGUUUUCAUGUUACGUAAAAGGAUAUAACAAAUGCACCAAACUGGAACAUUGUUGCCCUACUCAAGCCAAAAUAAAUUAAAGGUAAGAACCACUUUAUUUAAAUAUUGUCAAUUUGUAUUAUUUCUACUUUAGGUUCAUAAUGGAUUGGCAAUGUAUGCUACAUGGACUUCAAUUGCUACCAUUAUUAAUUUUGGAAUGGUGUUAAAAUAUUAUGUCCCUAUAAGAGACCCUGGGGUCAGCAGUAUGGUUCUUUGCCUGGUUUUCUUUGCCCUGGUAUUCUGGUAAGUUUGUUUGUUAAUGCUCUAAUUUUGUAACAUAAAAUGAACUGAUUAUUUGUAUAAAAGUUUGUUUAUUACGGAGCAAAACGCUGAUUAUGCUUUUUUUAUUCUGUAUUUAAUUGAGGCAUUUAGCAGAAUAUUUUUUUUGUGUUUAUUCAUUGUACAGUUCUUCUAUAGCACUAAUAUCCAUAGCACUGAACAAAUUAUGUAAAAUGCACGGGUGGCUUCAAAACAGAGGGAUAUAGAACUAGACACAAAGAUAAAAAAGAAGUAGACAAUGCCCCUGGCUUUAAUCCUCCUACAAACCACUGUGUAGGACAGCCCAUGAGCUUACAAUCUAGAAGAAUGAUGCCCAUUAGGAUAAAAUGCUGUGGUGAGGAAAUACCAUUGUUACCGUAAAGGAACUGCGUCUAAAAUUGUGCCACUAUGAAGUGGAAUGCUUUGUAAUCAGUAUGCAGGAAUUCAGUAGAACAGAGAAAACCAAGAGUAGACUUAGCCGUCAUUUUGGAAUACCAUUGUCCUAAAUGUUUGUGGGGAUUGUAACUGUAUAUUGUAUAAUAGUAGUGUCAGGAUAAUCACCAGCUAGAGAGGGGUGAUGAGACAAUUUUAUAAUACCUAUGGUAAUGGUAGAUGAAGUAAGAAAGUGUAUGCCUUACCAGCUUGCUUGAUGGGGAUUCUGGAAAACCACCUAUUAACUCACAAAGACAAACAGAAUACUUUCCAUGAACGCUUGCCACAAAUGGAAAAGACCCUUUAGAUAUCAUUAUAUAAUGUAUAUACAGUUGUAGAACUACCAUGAUUGCAACAGUCACUAUGGCGAUCAGGCCUUUGACUUCUGCCUGUCAAAGGGGGCUGUCCAAGAUGAUUGGACCCCCGUCCAUUUGCAAAAUGUUUGUUUAAUAUAUUGACAUUUUGGCAAUAGGUUAUAUAACUUGUAACGUUUGCAGGGAAGCGGGAGUGAGACACAGGUAAGUUUUCAAAACCGUUUUAAAUGGUUUGACACAUUAUUUUCGGUGGACUUCACAACACUGCUGGCACCAUAACCACUAAGGAUUUGUAUGUUAUAGUGCUUUAAAUUCCAGGUCAUUCACACUUUGUGUGUAACCCUGUACUCUUUUUGAAAUUCUACCAACUAUUGGAACGAUUAAGUUGGACAAACAAACUGAACAUCGCUUGUUCUUCUGUACCUGCCUCAGAAUGUAAUAUUAAGCAUGUUGAAGCACUUAAUGUAAUAUCUUUGGCACUUGAUGUUAAUGUUAUUUAAUUAUCAAUUUAAUUGUUGUUGUUUAAACGGUGCCAAAAUCCACUGCCAGCAUCAACCUGACAACCACUUACAAUUAGCUCAGCUAAGAAACAAGGAAAACUCAUUUCUAUUAAUAGUGUGGUUUCAUUUCGUAUAUGUGUGAUUUUUUUUAGUAAUCAUAUAACUUUCUUAUAGUUAGCAUAGAUGUAAUAAACCAAAAUAAAAAAUAAUGAGAAACCUUUAGAGGUUUGGAAAGGCUUCAAAUAUAUCUUGUUAAAUGAGUUGUCAUAUGAUUUUGAUCAUAAUGUUAAUUGGGAACUUUUUUUAGAAUAGCCUAUCAAUAAACACAUUAAGAAAGCACUGCAAUGGUCUGCCAUUAGAUGGAAUAUUAAAAGCAUUAUGCUGUCCUCUGGUGGUCAAGUCCCAGAAGUGCAGUUUUCAUUUCUGUAUUGUGCAGUUAUUUUAUCAUUUAUUUGCCAAAUACCUUAAUUGUAAAGCUGAGAAGAAGUUAAUUUUUUUUGUUGUUGUUGUUUUUGUUUUCUGCACCUACAUUCACAGGAAACACUAAAAUAUACUUGGUUACUUAGUAGUGAUAUAAAUAGGUGUUAACUAAGGUUGAAUGUGUUCCACAGUUGAAUAAAAUUGCUCAGGAUAAUUUGCAAACAUAAUAUCACAGUUGCUACUGACCUCCUUUUAAAGGUACACUAACAAGUUAUGCGCUAAUGGCCCUGGUACCUGUCUGCUUUCUAAAACCUCCCAUUACAAAAAUCUCCUAUUGUUGCAUUACAGUUUGCAAUACAAAAGCAUGAAUUUCAAAGAGAAAUCAAGUGAAUUUGAAAUUCUCAAGUCACAUUUUAGUAAAUAACCUUGUUAGUAAUGCAUAAUCUAUUUGAUUGUAGGUAAUCUGUCCAAAUGGUCAUUUCAUGUGGAUUUGAUUAUAUAUAUUUACCAGCUACCAAAUCUGACCAGCAGGGUUUAAAAAAAAUAUCAAUUAACUAAAAAAUGCCAACUCUUCCAACAAGAUCUAUGAGAAAAUUUGUUUACCAGGAAUAAAUAUCUCUGGUCAAAGUAUACACUCCCAAGUGGACUGAUCACUGGCUUUAGGGAUUGAUCAAGUAUAAAAUGUGAAUAAGAAUGUCUAUUUAAAUACAUUACCAAUAUGACAUCCUUUUGGGUUUUUUCUUUUUUUAGGUUUUUGAUGGAAACAUUUGUUUUUGAAAAAUAUUUACGAUACACCUUUACAAUUUACCCUGUGGCAAUUGUUGCUACUGUCGGUGUCUAUUUUGGAAAAGAAACUUCAUCAACGGCUGAAACCGAUGUAUUAAAAGGUAAGCCACAACUGUAAAAUAGUUUAUAAUGAUUAGCAUACGGGCCCAUUCUGUUUAUUAUGUUUUUUUCUCUUGCAUGGCCAAAACAUGCAGACCAAUUCUGUAGCAAGGGGUGACUGGGUUGAGCAUUGGAACUGUGCUGACAACUUAUGCCAAUAAGUGGCUUACCAAUACAGUGAGAAUAGUUCUCAAGACGGAGUGGAACCUGGAAGAGUAGAGGGGUCACGUGACAUCAAGACGUGUUUGUGAUGAUGUUUGCGUAGUGACGUGACCGGUAUAUGCAAAACAUUAUAUAUGGAAUUUGUAUUCUACCUUUUAUGUCUAUAGGAAAAUUGUUAUUUAUUUAACAAAAGUUUACUUAUCUGUAAUCCUAGAGCAGGUCUGCGGGAAGGGGUGGAGGGUGUGUGUGCGUGCAUGUGUAUUCAUCUGGUUAGAGCAGUAGUAACAUUGCUUUAGAACUAGGAGGCCCAAGCUUGAAGCCCAGUUAACAUUAGAGGCUUUAUUGGAGAGUUCGGACAUAAUAGAAAACAACAGGAUAUCUUAUAAGUGAAAGAAUAGGGAGAAGGAAAAUAAGAGAAACAAAGGUUUAGGCAACAUGCCCUAUAUAAAUUAUAAACAGGUUGUAGAAAGAUAAGAGAACCUAUAGAUACAAGAAUAGGUUGAAUAUAGAGGGUCAAGUAUAAAAGAAAAGAUUGGAACAGGACAAGGUUUCAGGAAAAUGGGAAAAGCAUAACUUAGUGAAUCAGCCCCCCUGUUGGUGGAAGACUGAUAAAGGAAAAUAACACCUUGUAAUAGGAGUUAGCAGCAAUGUCCAGAUAGGGUUAUGCGGGUUGGUAUAAGUCAGGAUAAAAACUUAGUUUAGGCUGGGCUGGAGCAGGUUGGCAGGAUAAAGGUGUAGGUUAACAGGAGCCAGGAACAGAAGUCUUACAAGAUGAGCAUCAACUUCAUUGUAAAGGCAAUCUGGUGAGUUGGGUGUAGCCUUUUGUAGCUUCUUAAUUAGUCCAGGCAGGUGAGGAUGAUGAAGGCAAAACAUAAUCUGUGCAGUAACUUGGUUUUAAAGGAACAGAAUAAACGGAAUAAAAAGUCUUGUUUGUCAGGAUAGGAUCCUGACAGUACCACGUAAGAUAAAAACAUAGAGAGCUACAUACAACCUUAUCAGUAAGUGUCCUUAUGCAAGACACCAAAUGAUAUAUAUCUGCCCACCUCAAACCCUCAUAGAUUGUAAGCUUGUUUGAACAGGACCUUCUUCCCCUUCAAAUACCCCUUUUCUAUAAUUUUAAAUGACUGCAGAAUAUGUUGGCGCUAUAUAAAUGAUCUUAUUUAUUUCACACUCCCAUGAACUGUUAAUCUAUAUAGCACACAAUGUGCUCCCAUGUGCUGUUUCAAUAUGAGUGUGUGUGUGUAUAUAUAUAUAUAUAAUGAACUAUUCCAGUGUACAUCUUGCAUUCCAGUGUGCUGUUCAUGUAUUUGUGCACGGCCUGAAGCUCACAAGCCACACACAGUUGCCGCUCUAUGUAGUACAUGUUUAUUUGAGCUGUUGAUAUACAUAUCUCACAAUCCAGUGAGUGGUGCAUGCAUGCAGUUUAUACUCCCAUGAACAGCUAAUGUCGUACGUACAUUCUGCUGAGUUGCUAUGUCUAGUUCACAUUCAGGUGGGUUGCUGUGUAGAAUGUAGCUCAUUUCCCUAAGAUCACUGAUGUAUUUAUUUACAGGGUAUUGCCAUUUAUGUGAGCCUGGGCUAAGAUCAAUAGGUCACACAUAUACCCAUAUCAAGAGAAGUAACUAUCACAGACAGCCAUGGAAGUUUUCAAAACUUGUUAGAUCUUCAUUUUUUUUUUAUUGCUUUAUGUAGCUCAGGCCUGUCCAACCUGAGGACCCCCAGAUGUUGCUGAACUACAACUCCCAUGAUUCUUUCAAUUAAACAGAUAGCCAGAGAAACAUGGGAGUUGUAGUUCAGCAACAUCUGGGGGGCCGCAGGUUGGACAGCCCUGAUGUAGCUUGUAAAUAUACAUUUUGGAGGAUGCAUCUUACUAAUUGAUGUUUGAUAUGGAAAACUUUGACAUUGUGUGUUAAGAGGCUUUCUCAUUCCUUUUUUUACAGUUGUCCUUAUUUCUGCGAGUUGCAUUGCGUGCUUCCUGCGAUUCACUCUGUUUUUCUCUUGUGGCAAACUACGGCCCUUGUUCAAAGAGGCCAAAUAUGAUCAUCAAAAGACCAAAGUAGAAAUGAAAACUUCUGAUAUACAAACUGCACAAAUUAAUGGUCACACCAACCCAAUCCCACUAGAAAUGAUUGAAUCCUUAUGAUACAGUAUUGGUUUUAUUUAUUUGUUUUAGUAUGAUAGAAUGUAAAUAAAUCCUACUAAUUUCUUGACUGAGAGUGCUCUCUAAUGCCCCAUAGGAAUAUGGAAAGGAAGAAGAUAUCCAGGGUCCCGGCUCCCUGAUAUACUCAUUAUAUGAUUACUGAAUAGUCAAAUUAUUUCACAAUUUUAGUUCAUUAAUUAAAUGAUACAAAAGUAUAUACCACACCAAGACAUUAUUAAUGACCAUUUCUGAAUCAAGGUCAGUUAGUGCAUCAAGCAGAACACCUGCCACGAUCUUAAUAUGACUUGUAAAUGUAUUGACAAUUUUACAUUGUCUCUUAUUAAGGUAUCUCUUUGUUGCUGCAAUAGCACAUGUUAAAAUUAGCUCAAUGUUUUUUCAAUAUGGUAUAUUAAAAAAAAGUAAAAUACCUUUAUGACACUCUUCUGAAUGUUUAAGCUGUCUGUAUCACACGUGUUCUAACAAAUUGUCUUCACAAAUUGUACGAUGGCCCAAGACUGGGUCCCAUGCCAUUAGUUAAGAACCACUGGCAUAAGCAAUAGCAAUAAAUGACUAUUUUGUCAUAGCCUUUUUAAACCUUCGGAUCGAUGGAACAUAACAUCCAUAAUAUAAAUUAGUCCUAAUUUUACAUGGGACAAAGAAAUCCAAACAACCGCUCCCCACCCCCAAAAAACAUAUAUUCAGAUUUUAUUAUGCUAUACACAUAAAAUAUACUCUUUAUCUGUCUGUACCUGUUCUAUAGAGAAUGAGAAUAUUUUUUCUCAGCUGACUGAAACAACUCACGGGACAAAUAUAUUAUUUACAAUUGCACUUAUGCAUGAC